UAAAAAAAAAAAAAAGAAUUAAAUUAUGCAAAAAAAAAGCGUCAACCUCUAAAUGCCUAAAAAAUCUCUACAACAUGUCAACCUCUAGGAAUACGAGUUCAUCUGAAGGGGACAAGUGAAGACGGGGUUUCUUUCAAGCAGGAAGACCAUAAACGUGGGUCCUCACUCUCAAAGUCAAAGUCUACUCUUCACCACACAUGAAGUGCAUGUGUGCCAUGCCUCCAAUAAAAGAACUUCCCAAAGAUCUCCGAAAAAGUGUUACCGAGGCUCAGCAGGCUGAAGAGGGUUACAGGACCAUUUCUAAAGUGUUUGGCUUCCACUAAUCCUGUGAGGCAGAUGAUAUACAGAUGGAGGAGAUUUAGCUCAAGUAUUACUCUCCCAAGGCGUGCUCAUCCAGCCAAAAUCACUCUACGUGUGUGGUGAGUAAUAUUACAGUUGUCACAAAUAACCCCAGCGACCAUCUAAGGACCUGCAGGCCUCUCUUGGGUUGAGUAUCAUCAAUGUUCAGGAGUCCACCGUCAGGACAUCACUGAACGAGAACCAGCGUGCAUGGCAGGAGAGAGCCACCCAUCUCCAGAAAUGACACUGCUGCCCGUCUGAAGUUCGAUGAAGACCACAUGGAUAAGCCAGAAGCCUUUUGGGUCUCCAGAUGUCUCUCAGCUCUCUUGACUGACACUGCGUCAUGGAUGAGAGCCAACCACUUGCAACUCAACCCCACUAAAACCGAGCUUCUUUACAUCCCAGGAUCUCCUAGCCCUUACCAUGACCUCACAGUUUCCUUCAAGAGCUUCCUUUCUCUCGCAGGAAACUGCCCAGAUGGAGCACCAUCGCUGCUGAGGAACUCCAGACCCAAGAGAAAGGGACUCCGAUAGUGGCUUGACAGGACUUUGAGGGACUCACUUUGCACUGCUUCGGCAUUCGGAGAACGCGAUCAUGAAUCCACUGUGGAAUGUGUACAAGAGCAAGGUCAUGAAUACCUUCAACCCCGACGGCUCUGACAAUCCCGCAAACCCGCAGGAACAGGAAAUUCCUGAAGAAGUGGUGACUGAGGUACCACAGGAAAAGGCACCAGUCCAGGAGGAUGAGACACCUACCACCGUGUCUCAGUUGGCUAAGAAGGUGCAAGGAGCUGGGGCCAUGGGCUGGAAAAGUGUGUCGGCUCUCUUUAAUAAAGAAGAGGAGCAGCAGUCAGUGCAGAACCAGCGGCAGCCAGCGGCAGACCACCCACUGGCAGUCAGGCCCCAGGAAGAGGACAACAAGAACUCGGGAUUCUGGGAUUCCUUCACCACCAAGUGGCAACAAGCUACAGGGGCGGAGUCAGGUGUGGCAGGGGAGGCUGAGCAGAGUGGACAAGGUUACGUCUCUGAGGGAGGGGCUAAUGAAGACCCAUCCUCCUUUAAAUGGGACUUUGUGACCAACAAACUGGCCGAGCUAAAAAGCAUAACUAAGACCACCUAGCCCACAACGCUGGCACUGGGGGGGCGGGGGUGACGUGAUGGAUGGAAAAUGUCAGAGCAAACUCACCAAACCAGGUCAAAUUAAACCACGGUGUAAACCAUAAUCCUUCACCUACCACUCAGGAGCAGACAUGCUCGCGACUGGCCUCAUUUCAAGGCAGCCUCAGACUCCACAGGUGAGUCCGGGCUCAGAUUAAUGUAAUGAUAUCAACCAAAGAGAUACCGUGGGUUUAGUGGACCUGGAUUGGACGUUUUCUUCAUGGGAGAGGCGUGAGUACAGCUGCCCCCCAGAUUUACUGUGUAAUCUCUUCUCUGGCUUCCUGCUUUAUUCAUAGUGCUGCUACACAGCAGCUCUUUAGAGAGUUAUGCAGUGCAGGCUGCAUUCAAAUUAGAGACGCACCAAAAUAAAGAUACCUAAUAACCAGGGUAUGGUUUAGUCUUGAGGGGAUAGUUUAAAUAAGUCACGGUAAAAACAUCACACAAAUAUUGAUUCUCCUGGAUGUAGUGGGGUUAAUAAAUACUACACUGGUCUACCAGCAGUUUUACAUGGUUGGCCCUGCAUGAUGUCUACAUUGACACUGACAUGAAGAUGUGGAGAUGUAAGUAUUAGACUGUUGUUUUUUUUUUAAGUGAAUGAAGCAGAUUAAAGUCACACAAAAGAAACAGAAUUUUGUGCUAAACCACAGAGGUGAUUUUCCAGUGUUAACUAGAACAAAGAUUUUCUUAAUAACAAAAUGCAGUAACUUAUAUUUAACAUAACAAUGACAGAACCGAUAAGAGAGUGUGCACUGAUAACAGAGCACGCACAGACAGGCGCCUGUGCGCUGACUCGAUCGUGCAGUGUGAUUUGAAGUUUCCCAGUAGCUAACAUGGAUUAUCCUGCUUCCACUCUGGCUUCUUCAUCAUCUUUUGCUUUUUGAAUCUUACUUUAAGUUCAGACUGAUCAACAAAACAGCAAACCUAUGCAACAAGUACCUAACUAACAACCAAUCAUUCAGAACAAAACAAACAAACAAGCAAGCAAACCUGUUCCAGCUCUCUUCAGUUUAAUUGUUAGUGUGAGAGACCUCCAAGCACUUGUGGGGAAGUCUGGUGAACGUUGUAAACAGUGGUGUCUGGUCUGUGUAGUUUCACUACUAUCUCCGUAAUUUUACUUUCUCUGUAUUGAAAGCGAUGUUGAAUGGGUUGUUCUGAUUUGUUCUUUUAUUUUGUGACAAAAUAA